GCUGCGGCUGGCGCUCCCCAGCGCCCCGCCUGACGCUGCAGCUGGGCCGGCGACUCGCCAUUGGAUUAAAAAUAGCAGCGUCCCCCCCUCCCCAGGCCCCGGGGGCCUGCUCCCGCCCCGCGGCCCGCUCCCGCCGCUUGCCCGCUCGCCUCAGCUCCUGUCGCCCGCGCAACCCGCACGCCCGCUCGCCCGCCAGCCUGGCCGCUGGCUCGCUGGCGCCGCCGCCGCGCUCCGGCUCCGACUCCGGCUGUGGGUCGGUUCGGUGCGCGCCGCGGCCAUGCAGCGCCGGGGCGCCCUGUUCAGCAUGCCGGGCGGCAGCGGUGGCAGGAAGAUGGCUGCAGGAGACAUCGGCGAGCUGCUCGUGCCGCUCAUGCCCACGAUUCGCGUACCCCGCUCCGGGGACCGGGUUUACAAGAACGAGUGCGCCUUCUCCUACGACUCCCCUAAUUCUGAAGGUGGACUCUAUGUCUGCAUGAACACCUUUUUGGCCUUUGGAAGGGAACAUGUUGAAAGACAUUUUCGAAAAACUGGACAGAGUGUGUACAUGCACCUGAAAAGACACGUGCGAGAGAAGGUAAGAGGGGCAUCUGGUGGUGCUUUACCAAAAAGAAGGAAUUCCAAGAUAUUUUUAGAUCUAGAUACUGAUGAUGAUUUAAAUAGCGACGAUUAUGAGUAUGAAGAUGAAGCCAAACUUGUCAUAUUCCCAGACCACUAUGAAAUAGCACUGCCCAAUAUUGAGGAAUUGCCAGCCCUGGUAACAAUUGCAUGUGAUGCAGUUCUCAGCUCAAAAUCUCCAUACAGAAAACAGGACCCAGACACAUGGGAAAAUGAAUUGCCAAUAUCUAAAUAUGCCAAUAAUCUCACCCAACUGGACAAUGGAGUUAGGAUUCCUCCAAGCGGUUGGAAGUGUGCCAGGUGUGACCUGCGGGAGAACCUCUGGCUGAAUUUGACUGAUGGCUCCAUCCUUUGUGGAAAGUGGUUCUUUGACAGCUCCGGGGGUAAUGGGCAUGCGCUGGAACAUUACAGAGACAUGGGCUACCCUCUGGCGGUGAAGCUGGGAACCAUCACUCCUGAUGGGGCAGAUGUUUAUUCAUUUCAAGAAGAGGAGCCUGUGUUGGAUCCUCAUUUGGCCAAGCACUUAGCGCAUUUUGGAAUCGACAUGCUCCAUAUGCAUGGGACAGAGAAUGGGCUCCGGGACAAUGACAUCAAGCCCAGGGUGAGUGAGUGGGAAGUGAUUCAAGAGUCGGGCACGAAGCUGAAGCCCAUGUACGGCCCUGGGUACACGGGUCUCAAGAACCUGGGCAACAGCUGCUACCUCAGCUCCGUCAUGCAGGCUAUCUUCAGCAUCCCAGAGUUCCAGAGAGCGUAUGUAGGAAACCUUCCCAGAAUAUUUGACUACUCACCUUUAGAUCCAACACAAGAUUUCAAUACACAGAUGACUAAGUUAGGACAUGGCCUGCUCUCAGGCCAGUAUUCAAAGCCUCCAGUGAAAUCUGAACUCAUUGAACAGGUGAUGAAGGAGGAGCACAAGCCUCAUCAGAAUGGGAUCUCGCCACGCAUGUUUAAGGCCUUUGUGAGCAAGAGCCACCCAGAAUUCUCCUCCAAUAGACAGCAAGAUGCUCAGGAAUUUUUCUUGCACCUGGUGAAUCUUGUGGAGAGGAACCGCAUCGGUUCAGAAAACCCAAGUGAUGUUUUUCGGUUUCUGGUGGAAGAACGUAUCCAGUGCUGUCAGACCCGAAAAGUCCGCUACACAGAGAGGGUGGACUACCUGAUGCAGCUCCCUGUGGCCAUGGAAGCAGCGACCAACAAGGAUGAACUGAUUGCCUAUGAAUUAACAAGAAGGGAAGCAGAAGCGAACAGAAGGCCCCUUCCUGAGCUGGUGCGAGCCAAGAUACCAUUUAGUGCCUGCCUUCAGGCCUUUUCUGAACCCGACAAUGUUGAUGAUUUCUGGAGCAGCGCCCUGCAAGCCAAGUCUGCGGGUGUAAAAACAUCUCGCUUUGCCUCAUUCCCUGAAUACUUGGUAGUGCAGAUAAAGAAGUUCACUUUUGGUCUUGACUGGGUUCCCAAAAAAUUUGAUGUUUCCAUUGACAUGCCUGACCUGCUUGAUAUCAACCAUCUCCGAGCAAGGGGGCUCCAGCCAGGGGAGGAAGAACUUCCAGACAUCAGCCCUCCAAUAGUCAUCCCUGAUGACUCCAAAGAUCACCUGAUGAACCAGUUGACAGAUCCAUCAGACAUCGAUGAGUCGUCGGUGAUGCAGCUGGCUGAGAUGGGCUUCCCUCUAGAGGCAUGUCGGAAGGCUGUGUACUUUACUGGAAAUAUGGGAGCUGAGGUGGCCUUCAACUGGAUCAUUGUUCACAUGGAAGAACCAGAUUUUGCAGAACCACUGACAAUGCCUGGUUAUGGAGGGGCAGCUUCUGCUGGAGCCUCUGUUUUUGGUGCUACUGGGUUGGAUAACCAACCGCCAGAGGAAAUUGUAGCUAUCAUCACCUCCAUGGGUUUCCAGCGAAGUCAGGCCAUUCAGGCACUGCGAGCAACGAGUAAUAACCUAGAAAGAGCGCUGGAUUGGAUCUUCAGCCACCCGGAGUUUGAAGAGGACAGUGACUUUGUGAUUGAGAUGGAGAAUAAUGCCAAUGCAAACAUUAUUUCUGAGGCUAAGCCUGAAGGACCCAGAGUUAAAGAUGGAUCUGGAAUGUAUGAAUUAUUUGCAUUCAUCAGUCACAUGGGAACAUCUACAAUGAGUGGCCAUUAUGUUUGCCAUAUCAAAAAAGAAGGAAGAUGGGUGAUCUACAACGACCACAAAGUUUGUGCCUCGGAAAGGCCCCCUAAAGACCUGGGCUACAUGUAUUUUUACCGCAGAAUACCCAGCUAAAUCUCGGACAUACAAUUUGGCGAGAAGAAGCCAUAUACCUUUUUAAUUUGCCAAGGGGGAGGGAAAAAAAGUGAUUAGGACAACCAGAUAUGAAGGAAAUGAAGGAAUACAUGGGGUAUUUAUAGCUUACUUAAAGAGCAAGAUCAUUUGACACCUUCUGAAAUACAACUGGGAAGAAAUUUCUAUUAGUGACAAUACACUGUUGUAGAUAGUUUUUAUAAAUGUUCAAGGAGAGGAGGAUAUUAAAAAAAGUAUUCUUGUU